AUGUCGACUAUGAGUGUUAGGAUUUGUCCUGAUGUCGACCAUGAGUGUUUGAGAUGUAGAGUGCGAGGUAUUAAGGGAGGGGAUAAGAGAGUUGAUAUUUUGAGGGUAGGAUCGUGGAACAUUGGGACCCUGCAGGGUAAGUCGAUAGAAUUAGUUAAGAUUCUUAGGAAGAGAAAGAUUAAUAUUGCGUAUGUCCAGGAGACCAAGUGGGUAUGUUCCAAGGCUAGGGAUGUAGAUGGGUACAAGUUGUGGUAUUCAUGUGGUGAUAGGCGUAGAAAUGAUGUAGGAAUCUUCGUGGACGGGGAGCUCAGGGGGCAGGUGGGCCUGGACGAGAAGGAGAAGAAGAGCUUUUGGGAGAUUUUGAAUGAGGUAGUUAGAGGUGUGCCUAGUUUAGAGAAGAUUUUCAUAGGAGGGGAUUUCAACGGGCACAUAGGGUCUUCGCAGUUAGGGUACGAUGUGCAUGAGGGCUUUGGGUUCGGGGUUAGGAAUGACGAGGGAGCUGCUCUCUUGGAUUUUGCGAGGGCUUUUGGAUUGGUGGUAGUGAAUUCCAGCUCUCCAAAGAAGGAAGAGCAUUUGGUUACUUUCCAUAGUAGGGUAGCCAAGACCCAGAUUGACUUUCUGCUUCUUAGGAAGGAAGAUAGAGCUUUGUGCAAGGAUUGUAAGGUUCAAGAUAAUAUACUUCCACCGGAAGAUUCAAGGAGAGUUCCUCAAGAACACAUGAUUGUUGAUCAAAUGGAGCUCUUGGCUAAGAAUUCCAACUUUGGGAAAAAUGAAAAAGAGGUGAUGCAAGGAAGAAUUCUUGACAAACUCCCUUGUAAUGAGAGCUUCCCAAAGAAAUAA